UUUGUUUGUUUGCAACCAGAUAAUAUUCACCCUGUGGUAGUGUUUUCUGUGGCAUUUUUAUGAAUGGCUCUGUUCCUAAUGCUGAACACUGCAAUAGCAAAUAAUGGAUGUAGGGGUGGGCUUUGGAGGGGGAGCCAAUUGAUGUGUGAAGAGAGAGGGACACAGAAGGAGAUAGAAAGAAUGAAUUUAAAUCAAUAAGUUUCCUUUGCAAUGUGGCUACGCCCACUCUACCAAUAUUCUGUCUGACUCACCCCCUUCAUAUUUUUCCCCGCCUCACAUUGGUGCAGUGUGGCUUCUAGCUUCAAUGACCACAGACACGCACAUGCACAUACUGUCACGUUCACAGAUGUAGCUCCGCCUCCUCUGCAGUGGAGCGACUGCGAGCAAUGGAGGAGCCAGCAGUGCAGCAGGAUAAAUUAGACAGCUCAUGGGAAGAAGGGCAUGAUGGAGGAAAGGCUAAUUGGAAGAAUGAAUGUUCCCUUUCCUCACUCCUGAAACACUCUUGUCUUCUCUGCUGGUCGUCUCCCAGGGAAACUGACGUCGUGGAAACGGACGAAAGAGUCCUCAGCAAGUCAGCCGAGAUCAGAGUAAGAAGACCGCAGCACCUUGCGCUGGAGCUUGAGAAUGAGGUAACAGUGGAAAAUCUGGAGCUGCAGGAGCAGCAGUUAGACCGCAAGGAGCUGGAGGAAACACUGGUCAAAUUAGAAAAUCACAAAGAUAAGCUUAUUCAGCAAAUAAAAGCAACCAGACAGCUCUGCUAUGAAGAAAGUCAACAGAUAUUAUCUCUGCAGGCCGAAGAGGUUAAGAGGGAGAGCCAAGUUGAGGAGUAUGAGCGAGAGCUUGCCAGAGCCAGAUGGAGAUUGAGGAAGCUCAAAGAGGAGGUGAAACAGGCCAAGAGCAAGAUGGAGGAGGCUGGGGAGAGGAACUAUCCUCUCCAGGACUCGAUUAGACAGUCCUAUGAAGAAAUCUUGCAGGAAGAGCACACGCUAUGUUCUGUGUCAGGUGGUGCAGUCACUCCAGAGAGCCAGCUUGAAGGCUCAACAUCUCCUGCAGAUACAACUGAGGAUGAACCACUUCCAAUCAGACCAUGGGGAAGGAGCCAAUCACUGCCUGCAUAUGCUGAUCUAAUAAUGGUAGCCAACGGCGCACCUUUCUGCAAUAAUUUGGCUGAUACCAGAGAAGAGGUAGAUGACAGUAGCAGCAGCUCACCAAAGAUGGACAGAUCUAACCUGGAAGACGAUCCAGACGAGGGUGACAUCAGUGAGGAUCAAGGGGAAAUAAAGGAACAGUCCAUUCUAAAGAAAUUGGACUUCUAUCAAGCUGACCCAUUUGCGCAUUGUCAUAUAGGCCAUGACCUAUUUAACGAAGACCUCUUCCCGAAAACAGACUCAUCAGAUGGAUUUACAUCCGAUCCUUUCAAAGGCAGUGACCCCUUUGCAGCGGACAUUUUGUUUCCAGAAGCCAACGUUGGUUGUGAUGACGGAGAAGUAAUUCUUUGUGAUGAGGCCGACACUAGUCUAUCUUGUGCUGAAAAUAAAGCUUCAACGGGAACACAGUGUUUUGAGUGCGAGUUUCCUGAUGAAGAUAGUGACAUUGAGAUCAGCUAUAGUCAAGAGGAUCUUGACACCAUCCCUGGGACAAAUGAUAACCAUGGAUUUAAACCAAUCCAGAGUUCAUCUGAGGAACUCGGCCCAGAACCCAUACGAGGCUGGCAUACCCAGGGUCAGUUUUCUGUAGAAUCUGAUCCCAAUGGGUAUGAACUGGACCUCAGUGCUGUCUCCCCACCCUCUGACAUCGAAGAACACAGCCUUGGAUCUCUGGCUGGAGAGUUUACCAAGGAGAAAACAGCAAAAGUGGAGGAAGCUAUCAUUGUCCCUGAGCUUGGUGAUCCAGCAUCAUUGGUGUCAAACAGAACAAGCACGAAAGACAGCACUCAGCAUCUUGAUAGUGAUGGAGAAGUACCAGAUUGGCUGAAUGACAUCAAAAAGAAACCAGAAGACCCUUCAACAUCUCCAAACUCUGUCGACUCUCAUAAAGGCUACACUGAACACGAGUCCCAACAGGCCAACCUGAGUUUUGACUGUGAAUUAACAAGUCAGUCUUCUUUUGAUCCAUAUGGCUUCAAACUCAGUCCAGAACAUUCUAGUCUCACCCUCUUGGACCCCGAUGAAGCUGAGCUGAGCCCAGCACCCAGUGAUCAAGAUCUGGAUUUUGACCCAGAACACGCUUCUUCUCAACCAGACCCAUUGUGUUUUUAUUCCUAUGAGUAUGAAAUCCCUUCUUCUCAAAUGUUACAGGACUCUGAUCCCUAUGGCUUUAAGCUCAGCCUUGAAAAAGAGAAUGAGGAGGUGCCCGAACCUUGUUGCGAUGAUAAUAUGGAAAACAUGGCCAUUGGUGAAUUUCACAAUAAGGACAACGAAGAAUCCUUUCACUAUAGCAAUCAAGAAGUACUAGAACCUCUUCCUCAUGAAAACCAAGAAGUGCUUGAUCCUUGUAGCAACAAUAACCAAGAACUGCCCGAUGUUUUUAAAAGCCGAAACCAAGAAGUGAUGGAAGUAUCAUCUCUGGCCAGCAGUGAAAUUGUAAAGUUAGUCAGCAAAGAAAAUCAAGAAUUCACAAAUCUUUGUAGUCCUGAAAACCAAGAAGUGGUUGAACACGAUUACUUCAUAAGUGACAAGGAAGUUGAAGAGCAUAAAAAUGAUAACCAAGAAGUGCUGGAAUUUUGUAGCCAAGCUAAUCCAGAGCAACUUGAUUUCUCCUGUACUGAGAAUCAGGAAGUGUUGGAUUUAGACAGCUAUGGCAAUCAAGAAGUAGUUGAAAAUCAGGAAGAGCCAGCUUUAGAUCGCCAUGAAAACCAAGGAACAAUGAAUCUCGAUAAUAACGAAUAUGAGAAAUUGCUCGAUUUGGAUGGUCAUAAUAACCAGGAAGUGUUGGACUUGGUAAGAGAUGAGCCAAGCCCUGAAACCAACAACAAUCGGUCCGUCCUCAAACCUGAGUUGAGUAACAGCUCCGACAGUGAUGUGGCACCAGAAGAAUUACAACCCAGUAAUAUCAGUGUUGGAGACGCCCUCAUGGACUGCAGCAUUAUGUCCACCAACCAGACUUGCAUAUCUCAUGAUCCUUCUAGUCACAACAUGUUAGAGGGUGAUCUUGGUUCUGUGUUCAGGGCUGGUGGAUACAUUGGUUGUCCUGAUGUAGCUGAUGAUCUAGAACCUAUGUCCCACAGACAAGUUUACAGUGUAGCAGAGCCAGUACGGCCAGUCAGACCAGUAAGACCUCCCCGACCUUCACUCAGGGCAAAGGAGAAAGCUGAGUCCCCAACUCAGGGAAUCGACCUGAAAUGAUCCAGUGAACUAAGAAGAUGAACAUUUUUCUAAAGGGGAAUUGACAAAGGGAUGCAGCAGUACUGUAGACUCAUGUCUGUUUUUAUGUUUAGCAGUUAAACUGAAAUAAGAAGCAGAAGGGGCCUGUUUCAACAGGACCAGCUUGCAAAGAGGCCUGACAACAUACAGUAUGUCUCAAUUUAUUAGUACGUUACUGUUAGUAAUUUAUGUGGAUCUUUUUUUGGGGGGAACUGUUUUCAGCCAACUGUGAAGUUAAUAUCUCUUUUCAUACAGUAUCUUCUGGCAGCAUACAUUUUGUUUUUUUAUGUCCAAGACAAGGCUAAUUGGUCCAACAUAAAAAUAAUUUCCAAUAUUUGAAUUAAUCUUGAGCUUGUAUAAGUGGAAUUGUUUCAAGAUCAGAUGUAUAUAGUAGUGUGGAUUUUAUCCUCUGUAGCAAUUGAGUUAGUUAGUUAGUUAGUUAGUUAGUUAGUUAGUUAGUUA